AUGGCAGCCCACUUUGAACAGACGUGUUCGGUUGUUUCCAAUGGAAUUGUUCCUGUGAAUAAGUAUAAAUCCACUCGAACGGGUCUACAGGUCUUCAUAGCUGAAGUAGAAGGUCCACUUGUGAAUGGCUUCUUCUGUUUAGCAACCGAGGCACACGACGACGAUGGACUACCCCAUACCUUGGAGCAUCUUAUUUUUCUUGGAAGUGAAAAAUACCCAUUUAAGGGAGUGCUCGACAUGCUUGCAAACCGGUGCCUUGCACAGGGUACCAACGCAUGGACAGACACCGAUCAUACCUGCUAUACAGUCAUGACUGCUGGGAGCCAGGGAUUCCUGAAUCUUCUACCCAUCUAUCUAGAUCAUGUUCUCUACCCGACACUAACUGAAGCUGGUUAUGUUACUGAGGUCCAUCAUGUCAAUGGAGAAGGCGAGAACGCUGGGGUUGUUUACUGCGAAAUGCAAGGACGAGAAAACAGUGGGGAAAGUCGAUCUCAUCUUGCUAUGCUUCGGGAGAUGUAUCCUGGACAUUGUGGUUAUAAGUCCGAGACCGGGGGUAUCAUGAGGAACCUUAGGGAAAGUACAUCGAACACCAAGGUCAGACAAUAUCAUCAGGAUUUCUACCGCCCUGACAACCUAUGUCUCAUCAUCACGGGGCAAGUCAAACCUGAGGAGGUAUUCAAAGCAUUAGAGCCAUUUGAAGAGAAGAUUAUAGCUAAGGGCGCACUACCACCGUAUUUGCGCCCCUGGCAGAGUCAGGUCCCACCCCUCACUGAGAGUGUUGUGAAAUCCGUUUCAUUCCCAUCUGAUGAUGAAGCUAAUGGUAUGGUGUAUGUAGCAUGGAGAGCACCUAAAGCUAAGGACCUUUACAGCAUGGCAGCCCUCCAGGUCUUGAUGGAAUACUUGACCGAUACUUCGGUCGCUCCGCUACAACGAGAUUUUGUUGAGAGGGACGAUCCAUUCUGCAAUAGGGUACGCUACUCGGUUAUUGAAGCGACAGAGUCCUGCGUUUAUGUCAAGUUUGACAACGUUCCUAAAGCAAAGCUACCCGACAUCAAGAAAAGACUUGUUGAUGUUCUUGAGGGGAUAGCAUCGGGCAAAGAAGCAAUCGAUAUGAAACGGAUGGCUAGCGUUCUCCAUCGUCGAAUCCUAGAAUGUCUAAAUCAUAUGGAGGAACGACCUCACGAUACUUUUGCCUUCAUGGGUAUCGGGGACUUCUUGUACGGUGAAGACGAAGACCAGCUGGCCCAGCGACUCAAUCAAGUUGAGAACUACAAGAAACAAGUCAAGGAACCAGACACUUUCUGGACGAAGCUCAUGGCUGCGUACCUCACCUCCGCCAACUCUGUGACAAUUAUAGGUGAGCCAAGUCAGAAGCUCGCAGAAUCCAUGGCAGAAGAGGAGAAACAACGAGUUGCUAAGCAACGGGAAGAACUUGGAGAGGCUGGUCUUAAAGCGAAGGAUGAGACCCUACAGAAAGCAACAGAAGAGAAUGAGACUGAGCCGCCUGAAAAUAUGAUCAGCUCCUUAUCAGUGCCAGGAACAGACUCCAUCCAGUUUCAUCCCAUCAAUCGCCAUAGUAACCUCCCUAGCAACAAACCGACCAAUGGGGUGGCUGGAAUUGAUCUGCAGAAGAUACCCUUCACGUUCCAGUUAGAUGACAUCCAUACGAACUUUGUUCAGUUUUCUGUCAUGCUGGAUACAUCCUCAAUUCCUGCUAAGCUGAAGCCCUAUCUACCAGUAUUCAUUGAGAUUCUCUUUGAAUCUCCACUCAUCAGAGACGGAGUUCUUGUAUCCCAUGAGGAUGUUGUGACCCAGCUGGCAGCAGACACUCUAUCGACUGAAUCAAGUCUAGGAUUUAACGGCAAUCGAUUCCGAUGUGGAGAAUUCUCCCAGGUGGCUUUCAUUGAAAUGAAGGUUGAGAUUGAAAAGUACAAACGUGGUGUUCAGUGGUUACAAGAGCUUCUGUAUCAGACGCAAUUUGUCGCUGAACGUCUUAAGAUUGUCGCCAGUAAGAUGAUGAAUGAUGUAGCGAGACUAAAGAGAGAUGGACGGACGAUUGCCGUAGCUGCUCUCAAAGAACUCAACUUCAUUGAAGGGAGUAAUUUCUACGUUGCCAGUAUGAUGAGACAGCAUAAGUUCUUGUCUGGUAUGGUGACGAGAUUGGACAAAGAUCCGGAAGGCGUCAUCAAGGAAGUGAAUGAACUCCGUGACCUUUUGACCUCGCCUAGCAACCUCCGCAUCCACAUGGCAGCCGACAUGAAGAAACUGAAAGAAGUUGGAGAUGCCCAGUUGCCGUGGCAACAGUAUUUCGUAGAGAAAGAUGUCAAAGCUGAUACAAAAUGUGACAAGUUAGGUCAGAUUGCGAGUCAGCUGUUACGCCCAAGUGCGCCCAGUACCCCACUAGGUACCAUAGUGGGUGUAGGAUCGGUGGAGUCUGCAUUCCUGAUUCAGACUAUACCCUGCAUUACGAGUUACCUGGAGCCAGACCUACCAGCUAUCAUGGUUUACAUUGAAUGCCUUUGUGCUCUGGAGGGUCCAAUGUGGAAACAGAUUCGUGGUCUAGGCCUUGCUUAUCAUUAUCGUAUGUACUGCCGACCAGAAGAAGGACUACUGUACUUCCAGCUCUUCAAAUGCACACAUGUUGUCAACGCUUACAAACAAGCCAUUGAGAUUGUGGAGGGUUACUUGAAUGGUACAACGACCUUUGACCCUGUCCAGCUAGAGACUGCCAUCAGUAGCGUCUUAUAUGAAGUCAUUGAGAGAGAAGAAACUGUGGCUUCAACUUCUAAAGUCUCUUUACUCAGUUACUUCAGAGGAACCGAUCAAAGCUAUAACAGAAAUCUGUUGUCACAGAUCACCAAAGUUACUGUUGCAGACUUGAUGCGCAUCGGUGAGAAGUACAUGCGCCCUCUAUUUGAUUCCAGUAAAUCACGCUGCGCUGUUUGCUGUCAAUCCUCAAAGGUUGAUGAAGUGAAGGAAGGAUUCAAAGCUCUUGGACGUGAUUUGAGCGUGAUGGCUACAUUGGAAGAUGGAUUCCAAUGAUUUGACUCGAGUAGAGAAUGAAUAACCGAGAAUACGCCAAUGGAUGUAAUGUUAAUCAUGAAGGAUAUCUUUAAAUGUUUGUGGCCCUCUAGAGAGCAGAAAUAUAUAAACUUGUAAGGACACUCUUAAAGACACUGGACACUAUUGGUAUAUGUCAAAGACCAGUCUUCUCACUUCGUGUAUCUCAACAUAU